AUGCAAGCUAGGCCCUUAUUUUCCUAUUUGAAAGACGAUAUUAAAGUAGAGAGAACACCAGAGAUCGAUUUUUUGUAUUUUUCUCUUCUGAUCCACUUCCAUCGAUUAGAAUAUAUCAGUCCUGAACAAACAAUAAUUACAAAUGAAAUAUUAUAUUAUUUAUCUAAAAUACCAACUAUUAAUUCAUUAAAAUCACAUCGAUUUUCAUUUCUACGUAGUAAAUUAAAUAUUAAUGGUUUCAAGUAUUUACUUUCAUUAAAAGAAAUGUUGAAAGAAUUAGAAGUAAGCGCUAAACAUAUCAUGGAUGAUGAAUUAAUGAUGAUGCAAUAUCCGAGAGAAGCAGAUUGUACCGAAGAUGAAUAUGAAGUCCAUUUAACUCAAGAACAUGUAAAUAUUUUAAAACAAUUUGUUAAUCUAAAAAAUCUAUCAUUCAAUAGAAUAAAUAUAGAUAGAGAAGAUUUAAAUAAUUUAUUAAUUAGUUUAGCUCAAUAUAAUAAUUUAAUUAUAUUAAGCUUAGAAUAUGUUUGUUUUCCAUCAUUCACAAGUAUAUCGAUAAUUAACAAUUUGGAAGAAUUAUCAUUAUUACACCCAUACAACAGCAAUAGAGAAGAAUAUACAGAUAAAGAUUUAUUUAUAUUAUAUCCAUUAAAAAAAUUGAAAGUAUUAUUAUUGUAUUAUAGUAUGAAUUUAUCGAAAACGAUAAGAAAACAAUUAAAAGAAAAAACAUUGAAAAUAUCACAAGACGGUCCAUUUUGUAAUUUAGCAUUUCAACAAUUAGAGGAAUUUAUUCAUAAUGAUGAUGACGAUGAUGGUGAUAGUGAUGGUGAUGGAACUCGCCAUUACCAAAUUGGGUCCUAUUGGGACCAAUAG